AUGGCUUCAGCAGAGACCGUUCCCGCUUCGGCUCCAGCAGCCGAUACUACCAGCGCCGCGCCAGGAAUCCGAAAGAACGGCAAACAAUGGCACGAGACAAAAAAAGCCUUUCGUCCCGUUAGUGGAUUGACCACUUUCGCGAAACGCAUGAUGAAGCAGUCACAAGCCGAUGAGGUCAAGAAGAUCGAAAAGGAGAUGAAGGCGGAAAAGGAAGAAGAGCGCCAGAGGCGUAUUCAAAGCAUCAAAGAUCGACGCACAGCCAAAGAGGAAAAGGAGCGAUAUGAGAAGAUGGCCGAGAAAAUGCACAAAAAGCGUGUUGAGCGGCUACGACGUCGUGAGAAGAGGAACAAAUUGCUCAAAUCAUGA